AUGUACCUGAUCACUGUGUUUGGAAACUUGCUAAUCAUCCUGCUCACAAUAUCAGACUCUCACCUGCACACACCCAUGUACUUCUUCCUCUCAGUUCUCUCCUUCAUAGACAUCUGUUACACCUCCACGAGCAUCCCAAAGAUGUUGGUGAACAUCCAGACACAGAGCAAAGUUAUUACUUAUGCAGGCUGCAUAACCCAGAUGUUCUUCACAGUGUGUUUUUCAGGGCUGGAUGACUUUCUCCUGACAGUGAUGGCCUAUGACCGGUUCGUGGCCAUCUGUCACCCCUUACAUUACGUGGUUAUCAUGAACCCCCGGCUGUGUGGACAGUUGAUUCUGGUCUCUGGCCUCUCCGUUGUCUCCUUAUUUUACUGUACAAUCAUAGGAGUGUACCUUAGUUCUGCUGCCCACAGCUCACACUCAAGUGCAGCAGCCUCAGUGAUGUACACUGUGGUCACCCCCAUGCUGAACCCCUUCAUCUACAGUCUGAGGAAUAAAGACAUAAAGAGGGCUCUGAAAGACACUCUGGAAGGGAAACUGUGGAAGAGAGGAAACAAUCUUACAGUAAGAGUAAGCAAUACCAACGAGGAGAACACCAACCAGCAACACAGAUGUGAAAUACACCAUCAUAUCAUUAAGAAGUGUCAGAACCAGGCAGACCACUUGUAUAAGUUAGCAGAAAAAGUGAAGGAUUUCUGGGAGUGUACAGAAGGACAGCUGCAACACUUAAGCUUCAUAACAGGGAAUGUAGAGCACUCAGGAUUCAAGACGCCAGAACCAGCAGUCCACAGAGCCAGGGGUUCAUGA